GUGACCUUUUAGAGAAAAUAACGUUUCCGUUAGUGUCAGACAGAAGAAUGCGCGGCGGCUCCAGCUGUACAGAUGUGUAUGAGAGACACUCGUUGGUGUCCAUUGUUUGUCAGACAGCAGGGGCAGAAUGGAGUGUGAGGAGGAGCGCAGUGAGGACGAGGUGAGUGGCGGGAUGAGCGCUAAUGAGUGUGUGACACAUGAAGCCGCCGCCGCAGCUCUGCUCUCCUUUCCGCAGGUACCUCCUCUCUCUCCCGCCCUCCCCUCCGCCUUUGUCUUACUAUCGCUGGGAACAAUUUCCUGUUGACACCGGAUUAUUUCGAAAGUGAAGGAGAAGUGAGGACUGAGUCGGCCUGGAAGUUGUCUCCACUCGCACCUUGUACCCGGGUCUGUGCUGCUGUCUCCCAGGGGACUGACACACGUAGGGAGGCCCUGCUGCUGCUGCUCAUGUUGGAUGCGCGAUUACUCGCCACAAAGUUUGUGCGCCAGGGAAGAGCCCCAAUAAGAAGAGGGAGAUCUGGAGUAGAGGGAGACAGGCUCUCUCCCAGGAUAUGCAGCUGGCCAGUAGCCAUAUGAGCAGGUGCGCUACCUCCCUGGGCUGACAACAUUGGGAUAUUCAGUCGCUGCGCGCGGGGGAAGAUGCCAAGCGCCUGAGCCAAAGCCGCUGAAUAAAAGCGCUCACAUCGGGACUCGCCUGACUACACACAGGGGCCUUGUGCCGCCGCUUCACUGGGGACAGGACGGGACUGGGAUUUGUGAUCCCUCCAUGCUCUCGCCCGCAGCUGCUCAUGGCUGAAGCCUGGCUGGAGGAAGAAGAAGAGGAGCUGCGAGAGAUCAGGGACAGCGCCGGGAACAGGAGGCACAGGAGGUCCAACCUCAACCAGGCGGCAGAAAGGUAUCAACUUUAAAGGGGAAUAAGUACACUGUGUGCAGGCUAGUGGACAUUUAGGGGGCCCUGGGACAUUAUGGAGAACCUUGGGCAAUGAAAGAUGAAAACUGAAGGUGUCUUCCAUACAAAGAUUAUGAAUAUGGACAUGGAAAAUUAUGUGAUAUUGAGAAACUGAUGGUAACUGCAAUAUGGGCAUUUGGAAGAGAACGCCCCGAAAGAAAUAAACCAGAGCACCGAUUUCCUGGGCAAGGUCCCUUAUCCUCAAUAAGAGCAGUCAUUAAGAGAACUUCAAGAACUACAACUCAGAGUGAGCAACAGAGAGAGAGAAGACGCCCAGAGAUAACAAUUGUUGCUGCUGAGCCCAUUGGUCCAGGAUCUUGGUUUCAUGGUGGACCACCAGCUGGACUGGGGUAUCCUCCUCCGCCACCCCCACAGUGGAGGCCUAGUGAACCUCAUCCGCCAGAGCCGCCAUCGUAUGAGCAGGUGAUUAAAGAAAUCAACCGAGUGCAGGUUACCACAUCCAACUGUAAUGCAGAGCCCCGACGCACUACAACCUGUGCAACACAAACUGAUUUUCAAGUGGACGAAGAACAAAACGUUCCGGACAGUAAUGUUAUUGACCAGCCUGUCUUUUGUAAUCAGGAACCACUAGCAGCCCAAAAAGCUCCUGCAAUAUCUCGUCCAUCAUUAUCCUUUUUGGCAAGCAAUGUAAAUAAGAGUACACAACAAGUAUCCGUUUGUAACAGCACAGAGACAGUUGUCCGGCAAGACGAUCCUAAUGCCUUUAGACCCCCAGUGCCAAGACCAAGGACAAAAUCCAACCUCAGACCUGUAGGAAACAAUUUUGUUAGUAUUUAUCAAGACAACAGUGAACAACUUGUCCAGUCCACAGCCGAGGGAGAGCGCCCUUCAAUUCAUCCUUGCUCUAGUUUUGAUGACAGCUUCUUUGAAGCAAACAAUAUGAGCCACGAAAGAAGCCAAAACAGUAUUGUUUCAAGGAUUAAAGCUUUUGAGAGUCAAACUGAAACUUCAGAGCAGCCUAAAAGACCAGAGAUUGUGCCACGUACCUUCAACAACAGGGGCUCUGGUGCUGUUAAGCCUACACCUGCUCCCAAACCAGCCUCCAACAAGACAUCUGGUGAAUGGGAACCAGCAAAUGACAAUAAACCAAAAGUUACCCCAAGGGAAGGGUUUGCUCCACCUAAACUACCAGAUGCAGGUGGCACAGUCAAACCAGAACUGCCAAAGAAACCAAAGCCUGUGGUAGCUAAAGGCAGUAGCAGUGAAUUUCCUGAUUCUGUUCUCAGCACCUCACUGUCUUUAAACGACAACAUUCAUGAUGCUGAAAGGAAAGUGCCAAUUCCAGCUCCCAGGCCUAUGUUCCUGAAGAAACCCUUGCAGAGUGAGCCCCCUGUCUUGCCAACUGCAGUGCCAAGGCCACAUAUUGCUGCCCCAAAACCUUUUGUAGCUACACAAGCCAAAGCAUUCUCAACAUCAGAACUACCUGCAGUCCGUAUUCCGCCGCCUGCUGCUCAGAACAAACCAGUUGAUGAACUAGAUCUGAUCAGUUUUGAUGAUGAUGCUUUAUCUCCUGUUCUGCUGCCCAGUGCAGAAGUCACGAAUGGUUCAAAAGUUAAUACUGAUCCUUUCCAGUUGUAUUCUACAGACGAUGCUGAAAAGGAACAGCCAGUGCCACCUGCUCUGCAUAGAAAACCUACAGUAAUCAGAAUUUCAGGCAAGCUAGGAAAAUCUUCUGAAGAACUUCAGGCUCCGCCACCGCUCCCUGCUGAGAAGCCAGUCGGAAGUCUCUACACUAAGUCAAGUGUGAGGCCUCGUCCCAUAGGCAGAAAAGACUGGGAGUCCACAGAGUCUGUAGAAGAUGCUUGGACCAAGCCUGUGCUGCCUACAAGGCCUGUUGGCAUUAAAGUGAUGGAAACUCCUAGCCAACCACAGAAGGGGCCUCCUGGACGGCCUCCACCACCCAAAGUAUCCAGAAAUUCUACCCGAGACGCCUUUCCCCGAUCUGCUUCUGAUAUUGGCUUUACUGCAAAACUCAAUACAUCUGGCAUCAGUAGGUCGAAGAGUCAUGUCAUAAAAAGGCAACAACCAGAUCUACCUCCCCGGCCCAAGCCUGGACAUCCCCUCUACAACAAAUACACACUGCCCCUGCCUCAUGGAAUUGCUGAUAAAGAUGUUGUAUCCAGUAAACCAGGAGAGCUGUCAUGCAAGCGUGGAGAGGUGCUUGUACUACUAGAACAGUCUGACAAUAAUAACAUUCAGUGUCAAAAGGGUUCAGCAACUGGAGAAGUCAAAACAUCCAAUAUGACGAUUAUUACUCCUCUCGAUGACAAUGUGGAAACCAGAAACGAUGUAAGCAGCGCUGAUGACAGUCAUGUUCCUCAUGCCUUAGUACUGCAUGAUUUCAGAGGAGAGCAAUCGACUGAUCUAAGCUUGAACUCAGGAGAGACUGUUUAUCUGCUGGAGAAAAUAGACAGCGAAUGGUACAGAGGGAAGUGCAAAGGCACCACUGGGUUAUUCCCUGCCAAUCACAUCAGGGUUAUUGUUGAUGUUCCUAGUAAAGGGCUACCAAAGAAGCCAUCAUUCCCGUCUAGUAUAAAGGGUCCAAGAUGCGUUGCACGUUUUGAAUUCAUAGGAGAUCAGAAGGAUGAACUCAGCUUCUCAGAGGGCGACAUGAUUACGCUUAAGGAAUACAUUAAUGACGAAUGGGCCAAGGGAGAACUCAAAGGGCAAACUGGAUCUUUCCCAAUCAAUUUUGUUGAAAUAGUAGAAGAUUUGCCAGCUAGUGGCCUGAGUAAAAACACAACAGAUGCUGUACAGUCUCAGAAGAAGUUGGGACCAUCUGCACAGCAGCCACAUGUAGCUGGGGAGUGGGCUGAAGCCCUGUAUGACUUUCAUGGAGAGACUGAGGAAGAUCUGCCAUUUAAGAAAGGAGAGAAGAUCCAAAUAAUAGAAAGGCUGGAUGCUGAAUGGUACAAAGGGCAUCUGAAUGGCAGAGAAGGGAUCCUGCCGUCUGCUUUUGUACAAGUCUCUUCAGGAACGAAGCCUUGGCAAACUCAGGAAGGAAAAGCAGGAAAGGCUCGGGCACUUUAUGACUUCUGUGGGGAGAAUGAGGAUGAACUCUCAUUUAAGGCAGGAGACAUUAUUUCUGGCCUGGAGUCCAUAGAUCAUGAAUGGAUGAGCGGCGAACUACAUGGAAAAUCUGGAAUAUUUCCAAAGAACUUUGUACAGCAAUGUUAGUCUCAAAGGCUAAGCCUCUGUGCCCAUUUGUGCGCAUCCUGUACUCUCAAACUAUCACCUUCGGUGCCAACUGAACUUUUUAUAUUUUAACGUGUAAUAUUUUUGCACUAUUUUUUUUUUUUUUUAUCUUACAGAACAAAAAAAAAAACAUUUGUUACCUGUUAUGUUACUGUCCUGUAUUAGUACUUUCAGUCCAGCAAAAUCAUGUUUAAUAUAGAGCGAAGGGGAAUGUAGCAUUGCAAAGGGCUCAGACUUCACCAAAUAGCUUGGACUUACUCUGAUCUUAAUGGCAGAACAACUAAAUCCUGGUAUUUUUAUUGGACACAAGUGUAAUGAAGUAAGCAUUGUCAGCACUUCUAACAGAGAGGCCAAUUUCUGCCUCCCAUGGGCAUAGAAAAUAAAGAUUGCCUAGGGCAUAGCAACCAAUCAGAUGUUUGCUUUUAGAGGCGUAGCUGCAGGGGUUUUCAAUGCACCUGGGCCCUGGAAGUUACGGGGUCCCAUGGGAACAAAUAAUUAGAUGUUUCAGCACAAAUAUAUAUAUAUAUAUGGGAGCCAUUUCUACUUGAGGGUAGAGGGUUGUGAUUAGGAAUCUGGUGCUCACUGGGGAAUUAUAUGGAUUGAUUUAUUAAGGAGGGGUUUUCUUUUAAUCUUGUAACUAUUCCCCAGCUGUUAGUUUUCAGUUGUAUGGAAUGAUGCAAUAAGGAAGGGUCCACUUGCAGGGAUUGAGAGAUGUUGGUGGGUAGAGGGUUGUGAUUAGGAAUCUGGGGCUCACGGGAGAAUUAUAUGUAUUGAUUCAUUAAGGAGGGGUUCACUUUUUAUCUUGCAACUGUACCCCAGUACAAUACUGCUGAUCAAUUGCUCAAACUGACUAAAAUGUGCUCCUAUUCCUCCGCUGGUGCUUUGCUUUACUCUUUAUCCAUGAAUUAUUUACAGAAUGAGUGAACCUUACUGUUGCUUUGAUACCAAGCACUGGGGCAGCCUCAUAUAUUAAGAGCAUCCGCAAAGUAGCCUUGAUCAGUAGCCUUGUUUCCUCACGACAGCUCCGUUAUCUCUAUUGGGUGCAGUUGCCCAAUGAACAUCCUUGUUUUAAUCUGCUAUUGUAAUAAAAAUUGGAUUUUUGCACGGAUUGAACUGUACAUUUGAUGGUGCUGCCAUUAAGAUCAGAUCAAUUCUCCAAUGCACUACUUUUGAGCAAAACAGGGACAAUGGCUCAGAUGCUGCUGUUUGAAUCUUGUAUUCCUGACUGUAUUAUUUGGGUUACGACAGCAGCCUCCCAAGUGAUACCAAUGUACGUAGUGGCAAUCAUUUCAUCUACAAACUGUCUGCAGCGCAUAGCACUCAUUCUCUCCAUUCUACAGUUUUCGGCGUGCCCAAUGCACGUUAUUAUGUAAAUAGACUUUUUGUAAGAGAGCAGAGAAGGCGACUUUGCUGAAAUAAACCCGCUUUACACUUCUUUCUAUAGGAUCAGAAUUUCAAGAUGAAAUGGAUGUAAAAAGAAAAUCUGCUUUCUUUCCCCCAACUUUUCCUUUUCUGCUAAGGCUCUCCACUGGCUGGAAGCUUAAUAUGCAGUAUGUACAGUCACAGGCUAUGUCUCCCUUCAUCUACAACAUUUUCUAUAAUGGAGAAAAAGAAAAAAAAUGCACUUUAAGGAAUGUCCAUUGCUUCUCUCUCUCACUCGGGUGACAUACAGUAUAUCAUUACCUGCUGAACAUUGGGUAAAAGAGUAUUAGUUUACCAUUUUGUUUAAAUGUUUCAUUUAGACAAUUGCACAUUGCUAAAUCACUGCAUAUUAAAUCAGAUUUUUAACAAA